AUGGUUAAAGCUUUCGACUCGAUCCUCGAAGUUUAUGAAGGCUUCUGUAACUUGAAACAGGUGGAUCUUAAGCUAAAGAUCUGCAGAGGCUCGCCUGUUACGAAAAUCCUCGUCCGUGAAGCCAAAGCUUAUACUGCAUCCGAGCUCAUUGUGGGUACCGCUCAAACUCACCACACGGUUCGCUCGUCGGCCUCUAUUGCAAAACACUGCGCAAAAAAGCUGCCAAAGGAUUAUUGCUCGAUAUUAGCCGUCAACAAUGGGAAAAUUGUUUUUUGCAGAGAAUCCAGUUCAUCCUCUCGUGUUAGCAUUAAAGAAAUUGAGCAUCGCCGUAGGAAUCGGUUACUGACUGCCAUACAGCGAUCCUUCAGCAAGAACAUUAAAGUUCCCAAUAAUGGUGAUUCGAAAAGGCUGAGGUUGACUUGGGACGAGAAAAGCAGUAGCGGUCAAGGGAACUCGGUUUUGGCCUUAGCUGCUGCUCCCGAGCGAAACU